AUCUACGAGAAGAUUCAACCACAUGGGGCAAAUCUUGCCAUCAGGGUCAAUAGAAAAUACUGCGGUCUAGCUAUCCGCCCAAGAUCUAUGUCAUAUUAUUGACGAUGUGUAGAAUUUGAAGGAUGAACAGGUCAAUAAAUUAUCUCAAGUUUCGAGAAUUAAAAGGUCACCCAUGUUAACUCUCAUAAGUUCCUCCGAAGAAGAGGGGACAUAUGAUUAGAGCGUUUCAGCUGUGCGUGACUGUACUACAUUAAAAACUGUAAAGGGGGCGUCAUUGAACAACGUAUUGUAAGUGAAAGCAGAAGCCCGAAGCCCGCACUCCGCCGUACGAGCUCUGUGUAACCGAAGGACGCGAUUACAAUGAUAUCCGCGCGGUGCUAAGAGCAGCUCUAAGAGUGAUGUGAACCAGUGAGCGAAUCUCCAGCUGCAACCUACAACCCUGCUUUGUGAAACGGAAUAGAAAGUGAACAAAAAGUUAUGAAAAACCUCUCUUUGUACAGAGAACAUUCAGUGAAGUGUCAGUGAUCGUGAGGACUGUUUGAGCUUUUCCUUCAUCAUGAUGGCUCAAGUUGUGUUAACAGUGCUUUGUGUUGUGGCCGCUGUCACAAUCCAUAGUGGAAGUGCUGAUACUCCAAAGGAAGCUCUCCCUCCUCCAUGUGAUAAUAUUAUUUAUUGUCAUGGAAAACUGCUUCAUACCAUACAGAUGGCAUCACUUUAUCAUGACUCUAAAACUUUUGUUGAUAUGAAGAUGAAAUUCACAAAAAAUGAAACUAUGAGACUAUUUGAAGAUAUGAUGGCAAGAACUCAUGACAACCCUUCAAGAUUAGAUUUGGAAAGAUUUGUGAAUGAAACUUUUGAGCCACCAGGCAGUGAAUUUGAAGAUUGGGAUCCCUCUGACUGGAAGCCAAGUCCAGCCUUCCUAAAAAACAUUAGUGACCCUGCUUUUCAAGAGUGGGGCAGUGAAUUACACCACUUAUGGAAAUCUUUAGGACGCAAGAUGAAAGAUGAAGUCAAGUUAAAUGAAGAAUAUUAUUCAAUAAUCUACGUGCCCAAUCCUGUGAUUGUUCCUGGUGGCCGCUUCCGUGAGUUUUACUACUGGGAUUCUUAUUGGAUUGUGCGAGGCCUCCUUCUUUCAGAAAUGUAUGACACUGUACGUGGCAUGCUAGCAAACUUUGUGUCAAUUGUUGAAAGAAUUGGACUUAUCCCUAAUGGUGGCCGAGUUUACUACGCCAGAAGGUCACAGCCUCCACUUCUUACUCCAAUGGUCCAUAGUUAUGUAGAAAAAACUCACGACAUGGAUUUUGUCAAACAAAAUAUUAAAACAUUAGACAAAGAGUUUGACUUUUGGAUGGAGAAGCAUACUGUGUUGAUUGAGAAGGACGGGAAGCACUAUAGACUAGCCCGUUUUAUUGAUUACUCCUCAGGCCCAAGGCCAGAAUCUUAUCGAGAGGACAUUCAAAGCGCACAAAUCUUUCAGACUGAGGGCGAAAAAGAUUCUUUUUACCGAGAGCUCAAAGCUGGGGCUGAAUCAGGAUGGGAUUUCUCUAGCAGGUGGUUCAUUUUGAAUGGCACAAACAAGGGGAACUUGACAAAUACCAUGACCACUAAUAUAAUUCCAGUUGAUUUAAACUCUGUCAUGUAUUGGAAUGCUGUAAUUCUUUCUGACUUUCACAAGAAACUCAAUAAUGCUAGUAAAGCCUUGUAUUAUGAAGGUUUAGCUCAAGAAUGGCUUGAGGCUGUGGAUAAAGUGUUGUGGCAUGAAGAAGUUGGUGUCUGGCUUGAUUAUGACAAACUAAAUGAAGUCAAACGGGACUAUUUUUAUCCAACAAAUUUGGCACCUCUUUGGACUGGAUGCCUUGACCCUGCUAAGAAGGAAGACUAUAUUGGAAAAGUACUUAAAUAUCUGGAAAAGACUCGUAUUAUGGUGAACCUUGGUGGAAUUCCAACGACAUUAGAGCAUUCUGGAGAACAGUGGGAUUAUCCUAAUGCUUGGCCUCCUUUGCAAUACAUAAUGGUAAUUGCUUUGGAUAACUCUGGCGAUCCGUCUGCAAAAGAUUUAGCCUUUGAGAUCACAGAAAAGUGGGUUCGAUCUAAUUAUAAAGCUUUCAAUGACACACAUGGCAUGUACGAAAAGUAUGACGCCACUGUUUUUGGUGGUGGAGGUGGUGGAGGAGAGUAUGAAGUUCAGCUUGGAUUUGGGUGGACAAAUGGAGUCAUCAUGGAAUUCCUUGAGAAGUAUGGAGAACGUUUAACAGUCAAGUCUCGCUUUGAGGAAGACCAUCCUUUAAUGUCUGCCUCAGCAUCAAGACCAGUUGUUGCCAUAACAGUUGCUGGUCAGGUGCUGACAGGAAUUUUAGCUUUCCUUGUCACUGUGGCAGCUGGCUGUGUGGGUAUCACAGUGUACAGAAAGAGGCAUCAGUUCAGCAAUGCACCAGAUAGGCAAGCCUUAUUUCCUAAGCUAACUGGAGGCUACAUGGAGCUUAGAAACAUGACAUUUGAUUGAGUGUAGUAUAGGGAAGAUGUUACUGAGUAUAAGCCAAUCAUUUAAAAGAAAUCUCACAAAAGCCGGUUUUUUGUUUGUUUUCUUUUUUUUACUUGUUUUUUUUUCUUAAAUCAUCUGAGACGUUAACCUGAAUGUAAAUUAUAUACAUGACUAGUCCCUGUAGAUCUUAUCCAGUGAGAUGCAUAUAAUGCUCUAUAGUCACAAUCACUAGAUGCUGUGUCAUGAAGUCCUUGCAAAUUAAGUUUUCAAUCUGUGAAUUAGAGGUGUGUAAGAUUUUACUGUGGAGAGCAAGAUUUUAUUUAUAUUUAUGAACAACAUGUUAGUGCUGUGAUUAGCGUUUCCAGAGUUAUUUUUUAAGAUAGAAGAAAUUUCUUUCAACAUUUUUAGACAGUACUUUAUUCUGUUGUUUUUUUAUGGUCAGUAAGCUUCUUAUUUGUGAUACUCUGAUGAGGAUGUCUAUUUUACUUACAAGGACUCUGGAGAAACCAUUUCUUGCACACUUCUAAUGCAUUUUGACGUUGACAAUGAGUUACUCUCAUAUAUUUUUGUAUAGUGUAGUUUCUUUCUGUGCACUACUGCUGGCAGAAGAUGAGACGCAAUACGGUUUUUAAACUAGACAGGAUAUGCUAUUGCCUUGUUACUGUUUGGAGAUGUUCUAAACUGUAUUAUUGUCAUGCCAAAGUUUUGUUUUCCUUGCCUAUGUUCUCUUCUAGAUUUUAAACAGUUUUAAAAGUCAAUUUGUUUGUUUUUCUGAUUCUGAGUGAUAUGAUCACACGUAUGCAUGCGUAUGUGAUUGAAUGAGAGAUAGAAAAUUGUUUACAUACUAAUUGAUUGCUUAUUUUGGUGAAUGAAUGGAAUUGUGUAUGUGAAGAUUAGGGUGGAACUGGAGCUCAAGGAGCUCCUCAUUGUGAUAUAAACCUGAAGGAUUUGUGAAGAAAGUUCUUGUAGUCAAAUUUGACACGGCAGUUCCUGUCUUAUUUUACCAAUUUGAUAGUUUGAUCAUACUCCUCUUCGAUUUGUGAUAGUUAACUAAUAGUGAUCUUAUGAAAAUAAUCACUAUACAGUAGUCUUAUGGCAGGAUUCAUACCCCCUAUUUUAUUCUUAUGCAGUGGACGUGGACAUGGCUCUGAAACUCUAGCCGUGAUUUUGUGACAGUGUUAGAUCUCUUUCUUAGGUUCACUCUCGUGUCCCCUUCCUCUUAUUGGUGCAUAUUCCCAGUUCUUAAUCUCAGGUAGCAAGUUUUAGACUGUUAGAUGUUUGUACACCCAUGUCCAUUGUCUUCUGUAUUUGAGGGAAGCAUUGUUAAUUAUCAAUUCUUAUCUAUGUAAACCUCAACCUGUUAGUGAUUAAAGAGAAGAAAAGCUCUUGUGCUUCUUAGUGACAUAGAGCUAAGUCUGUCCAGUGAAUUUUGCGUUUGAUGUUUGGGUUUGGCUGAGAGGCUAGUGUUAAUGGAUGUGUCAACACCUUUGUGCUGAUUGAUGCUUGUGAUUUCUUGUAAAUAUGUUGUUGACUACUUCGAAGUGUGUAUUUUUGAUGCAGUAUUCAUGACUUUUAACUUCACUUGCAUAUAGCCAUGCUUUAAGUAGUAUUAGUGAGAAAGAUGUGGCUGAAAGUAAAUGUAUGUAAUAAGUGUGCUACCUUUUAAAUUCCUACUACCUUUAUUACCCGUGUAUAUAAUUCCCUAAGAUGUACUUUGUUUUGUCAAAGAUGCUUUGCACUUGCUUCUGGCAAGUGUGCAAUUUUUAUUCUCUAUGUAUUAUGAAGACACAAUUAGAUUGGAUUUCUACUCCUUGAAUAUCCACCUACCUUUACUUCGAGAGGGGAGGCUAUUAUGAAAUAAGUACUUGGUGCUGUUCCCAGGGAAACAAUCUAGACUGCCUUUUAUAUUUUAAGAUUUUAAGGGAUUUGAUCCUGCUGUAUUUCUAAGGACAGAAUGUGUGUCAGAAAGAUCAUUUUCGUAUUUAUUUGUGGUUAUUCUGUUGAUCAGAAAUAUGUAUUUAAUGAGUUUUGUGAUGGGAUCACCAGUUUGAAUUAGCAUCAUAUUGCUUGACAAAGCAUGUAUGCUGUGUGCAUGUGCAAUAAUACAGUCAGUUGCAGGAUUUUCAUAAUGCAGGAGUUUUUUUCUUAUUUCAAAGUUGAUUGCAUUAAUUAUCUUGUGUGAUCUUAUUCCAUUUUAUGAUUUAAAUGAUAUUACUCCAGUACAAAUUGGGAUCUGUAGAUGUUUGAAUUAAAUUUUUUGCCUGACAAGUUUGCUUAGACAAGUGGAAGUAAUGUUUUCAUCAUACUGCCUGCUGUGUGCACUUUCAAUUAAACAAUUGUCGUCCUCCAAUGGUAAAAUCAAUAUUGUUCACAGCAAACACUAAACUUUUACGCUACUGUGACUGAUGUGGUACAUGUCUCACACAACUUACUAUAAUUUCAACAGUGAUGAUCUGCAAAUUAUUAUUACAUGGUUCUAAUAAUCGCAAUCAAAUCAUUUGCCAUUUUACCCUCUUCUUUUUUACUAGUAAAGUACAGAUUCUUCUAAUUUUAUGGGCGCCCUUUGGGUUUGUUUCAACUUUACUGUAUGUUGUAAACAUGCAGUUUGUCCUUGAAUUGAAUCUUAUUAUUAGGCAUUGUGAUAUGGCAAAGGUUUGCAGGUCACCCUAACUUGUAAUCUCGCUAUAUCCUGUCACAUUGUGAUUCAAUACGACCUCGUGUGCUUUUCUGAGCUAUCCUAUACCAAAAAUGAAUUAUUUUAUCUGAAAAUAGAAAAUUGUUUUUUAAACCACUUACUUUUUUUAAAAUUUAGUGUUUUGCUCAGAAAGACAUUCUAUAUUGUGCAUGGUCAGCAGUUUUGUUGUUAACUUGUUUUAUUUUCGAGUGUGUAAUGGAGAAAAUGGGGCAGGCACCCAGGUUUUUCCCUCUGUUAUUAGUCUAUUGUAACUUUUAAGUAUAAUUGUACCAGUGUAACGUAAAGGUGCCAAAGAGAGUUAUUAUGCUUUGUUUAAGAAAGGAUCAUUUUCUCAGAGAUUUUCAGUAAUUUUCACUCCAAUAUAUUUUAUUACUGCUGUAAUUUUGUGCCUUCUCUCUGCCACUGAACGUCUAGAAAUUUUGCUGUGUCUUAAGUGUUGUGACCUGGUUUCUUUUUCUCUGUAAAGAAAAAGUUUACAUUGUAAACCCAUUUGCUUUUCCUUGCUCUCUUAAGCUUCAAGAGUAUUUAAAACCUUGAUGGCUUAUUUUUGAAUCUGGUAUUAAAAUGGUAUUUAUGAAAUAAACAUAUAUUUUCAAUUAA